GUGAGUACAGCACUCCCUCUCUCCCCCCUUCCUCCACCCACCCACCGGCCGGUCUACCCGCCCGACCGCCCGCACUCUCUCCCUGCCAGCAACAGCGAGAGGCACCGGGCAAGGCACCUCCAUAUACAGUCGGCGGCUCACCAUCAUCACCACCACCAUCAUCAUCAUCCCGCACUGCUUCGCCGCCUCCGCUUUCUCGUCGUCUUCCCGAAGCCGCGCGUCUCGGCUCGCCUGACAGAGACGUCCGCCUUUGUUAGGAGGAAGGGGAGAAGCAAGGCAGCAGCCCAAGGGAGGCGCUCGUGGCGGUGUAAGUUUGCACAGCACAAGGAGAAGAGGCUGUGGCGUGAUGCUGCGAGGGGCUUGCCUUUGAUUGAAUAACCAAAGAGGGGUGCGUGGGGUGUAAGGAGUUUGUUCCAGCAUCGAGUUUAGAGGAACCUUCUUUUUUCGGUGUGUGUGUGUAUUUGUCGGUGUGUGUGUGUGUGUAUUUGUCGGUGUGUGUGUGUGUUGUGUCUCCCUGUAAGUCUGGUCGCAAAUAGCCGCAUUGCGAUUGUAAGCGGCUCCACCACCACCACCACGAUUCACGUGCAAGGCGCACAUUGAGUGUGAGGAGCGAGAGACCGCGAGGGAUUAUUAGGCGCCUCUGCUCCUUGCCCGACGAUGUGGCCAUUCAGUUUCAUCCAGAAGGAGAAGAACUCGAACCAGAACAAUAAGUCGCUGGCGUUGCAGGAGCAGCAGCAGCAGCAGCGAAACCAGCAGCAGCAGCAGCAGUGCACGGUGAGCUACAGCAGCAAGGAUGUGCCGAGGAAACACAGCAGCGACGCGUCCAAGAACAGCAACGGGAAUCUGCCGCAAACCCAGGCGGUGACCACAUCCCAGCCCGUCCCGCAGAAGACCGCCGCCGCAACUACCAACACCGCCCAUCUUCUGGUGAACCCUCAACCCCAGGCGGGCACCACCACGCAGUCGUCCGUCCAGAACCAGCAGCAGCAGCAGCAGCCGCCGCUACUCCCGCUGGGAGCUCAGCUCCUCCUGUCCAACGCCCAUCCGCUGGCCGCCGUGCCGCUGUCUCUGCCCGGGCUGCCGGCUCCUGCUUCGUGCGGGGCUGCCACCCGCGCCGUGCUGCAGCCGAGGAAGAACGCCGUGACGGACGACUUCAGGAUCACGGGGCAGGUGCUCGGGCUCGGCAUCAACGGCAAGGUGGUGGAGUGCUACAACAAGAAGACGGCGGAGAAGUUCGCUCUCAAGCUGCUCCAGGACUGCCCGAAGGCUCGGAGGGAGGUGGACCUGCACUGGCGCGCGUCCACCUGCCCGCACGUGGUGCGCAUCGUGGACGUGUAUGAAAACCUGCACCAGGGGAAGCGCUGCCUGCUCAUAGUCAUGGAGAUAAUGCAGGGUGGGGAGCUCUUCAGUCAUCAGGACCGGGGAGACCAGGCAUUCACCGAGCGAGAGGCCUCUGGGAUCAUGCGGGACAUUGGCCAGGCUGUGCAGUCGCUGCACGCAAUGAAUAUCGCACACAGGGAUGUCAAGCCAGAGAACCUGCUUUACACGUCAAAGAAGCCCAAUGCCUUGCUCAAGCUCACCGACUUUGGAUUCGCAAAAGAGACCACCAGAUGCAACUCAUUGGCCACCCCAUGUUACACACCGUACUAUGUCGCGCCGGAGGUCUUGGGCUCUGUGAAAUACGACAAGUCCUGCGACAUGUGGUCACUGGGAGUCAUCAUGUACAUCCUUUUGUGUGGCUUUCCUCCCUUCUACUCGAAUCACGGGUUGGCCAUUUCGCCAGGGAUGAAGAAACGCAUCCGCAUGGGCCAGUACGAGUUCCCCAACCCCGAGUGGGCUGACGUUUCCGAAGAAGCAAAGCAGCUGAUCCGUCAUCUUCUGAAGACGGACCCAACUGCACGGAUGACAAUCACCGAAUUCAUGAAUCAUCCGUGGAUAAAUCAAUCCAUGGAGGUGCCCCAGACACCUCUCCACACCAGCCGUGUCCUCAUGGAGGACAAAGACCUGUGGGAAGAGGUGAAGGAUGAAAUGACAAGUGCGCUGGCGUCUCUGCGGGUCGACUACGAACAAGUGAGGAUAAAGAACGUGGCGGAGUCGAGCAAUCCCCUGCUCAACAAACGCCGCAAGAAACAGGAACAGCCAAAGAAUGCCAACAAAAGCUGAACUCGCUAGGGGAAGCGCAACGCCCCUGGCAUGUCGUGGCCACAGCGUGGCACACUCACUCACACGUACGUGCCAAGUCCAGACCGUCAACAUCGUGCUCUCGUGCGCAAGGCUGUCCCCCUCCCAAGAUAUUUCAGGUUCAAGAGUGCGAAACCGUACUGAAGUCUCGAACUUUUUUGGGAGGUUGCUAAAAACACCUCUCGGACUUGUGGAAAAUUAUUGGGAUGCUUCAAACUGACGGGAGAGCCUUAAAACGUCUUUCAUCGUGUUGCGAGACCCUCAGAAGUCUCACUCCUGUGUGAGGGGAGGUCUCGUAAAGUGCACAAGAGCAGCACCGUUACAGAAAUGUUUGCAACAGCGGUUACUUUAUUUUGUAUUCUGUCUGCACGGGUGGUAUGGUUGGCAGGGACAUUGACUCGAAGUACAAAUGUAGGCUUGGUUAUUUUUUUUAGGCUUGCGUAAAUGUUGACGACAUCCGCUGUCAGAAAAUUACACCUAUGAGGGCACGUUCGUGCCAGUCUCAGAAAAAAACCCACGUUUUAUCUGACGAUAGUUCCUUGCCUUUUCGUUGCGCCCUUCACAAGGGGUAAUGUAGCCCAGUGUUUUGGCCCAGUGCUGGUCUUAAUGUGGUGGCAAUGGCAAAUGUUGCAGCCUUACAAAUGGUGAGCUAAUCUAACACAACUGCCUCCCUCAAAUCCGCAAGUGAAAAGUGAAGAGAUGCCCAACUGCAUCUCAGAAACUUAUAUACCUUAGUGGUGAAGCCAGACUUUGAAUCGUGCCCACUUCCCCCAUGGAUACAUCCUGGUCGUUUGAUCGUUAUUCAUGUUCUGUCGUUGAGGAUGGCAAAACGCAGGCAAGCCUGUUCAUUGCCACGUGUGCUUUAAAAGAGCGUUCAAUUUCCUCCUGCAUCUGAAUGCAGUGCUAACUUGCAGGCACGGUCGUGGACCGUGUCCCACUGUCCGCGGCGGUACCGCGCAUUAUAAUUUUACAGAUGAGAAAAAAGAAUCCCAUAAUUAUUUAACACGUCUUUAGCACAACAGGUAUUGUCCAGAUUGUGCCAAAGUGCAAGCGAACGUGCAAAUGCAAGAUGGCUUGCAAAUCGUUGUGGGGUUUUUUUUUUACAAUAUAAUGCUUACAAGGGAAUUUGCCUGUUCUAAACCCAGAUGGUUGGCUACGUAUGGUGCAAAAGAAGUUCACGCAAGUGUAUGUGGCUUUAAGCAUCGCAUAAUAUGCCCGAAAGGCUGUGUUUUGUUACACUAAAAAGUGAAAAAAUAAGGUUACACUGAAUGGCUGUGAAAUAACACCGACCAUUAUUUGUGUUUUGCAUUCAUUGGCAUAUGACCGCAGCAAAUUCAAAAUUAUCCACAGUAAUUGUGUUUAUCCAUACCCAUUGCCUAAUAAAUUAACGUAAUUUGCUACAUUUGGAUACAUUGUACAUAUUUUAAUAAGCUGAGAAUUAUUUUUAGAAAUGUUAAACCUAUAAAGUGUUUUAUGACUGCAAACUUAAAGUAUGUCGUCUCUUGAAUAUAAUAUUUAAACAUUUCAUGCUUGUGUAAAAUUCUUGUUAGUCGUGCACAAACAUUACAAUAGUACUGCGAGAAAUGUAGAUAAACAAUCGUAGAGUAUAAUAUAGUUUAAAGUUACUGUAUUUUGCGAUAGUUGUUUUAUUUCAAAGACAAACGCCCUACAUAGUUUGCAUUGUAGACUGCGAAGUAUGAAUGUAAUGUUUCUCCAAACAGCUUGAAAAACCAGCAAGCCUACUGCAGUUUUUCAAUGCAAGUCACACUUAAGAGCAUUCACGUAAUUUCAUUCACGGAAAAAAAUGGCCCGAUUCAUUAAGAUAUUUUAGCCGUAAUUCAACCACUCUGGAAAGAUGAUUAUGGGUUCGUUUGUUUUUUUCCCCACUUAAAAUUGGACCCAUUCCAAACAUUGCAAGUCACGUGGGGUCGAUUCUGCUCAAACGACACCCGUUCUGCAGAGUGCAAAGGGGGGUUAUAGGGCAGGGUUGAGGAGGCGCGAAAUCACACUCGGGGGGGGGGGGGGGGUGACCCCAUUGUGCAAAAUUCCACGUGCAGACUUCUACGCGAACCGUCAACGUAAACAUUCGUAGCCGCCUUGCGUUGCUCUCAAACUGUGUGGAACGUGGCGGAAUGGGGGUCGUGCACACGCGUGUAGAAGAUCGGUGCGGCGAUGAAGAUCGGGAUGACGUGGAUGAUGGUUCCUAUGCAUUAGAAUCGGCCAAAUUGAGUUCGAUUCCUGGCCACGGCGAACAUCAGUGGCACCUGUUCUGAGCCUCCGAGGCCAUAAAAAGCUUUAAACUGUUACAGUGCGAACAUGGGCGCUCAUUUGUAAUCCAGCUCAUUGGAUGCAACGGUUUGUGGAUUGCUAAAGGAUCCGGUGGUUGCUGUGGGUUUAUAGAUUGGGAUUUGAUCACAAUCGGUGGCCACAGUAGCAGCAUCAUUGUCCGAUUACAAUCUCAAUACAUUCUGAUCACCAUUAUAGUUUAUUUUUUUAAGGAUUUAUAAAUCAUUUGGGGCUUCGUGUUACACUUCUCCACGUCGGUGGUGGGCAGAGCGCACAUGGACCCAAUUCCCCUUGGCACUCUCUCCUAAUUGGUGGCAGCAGUUAUGGGGGCCGCAGCAGCGAGAUGUUAACUACCUCGCCUGGUUUACAGGUCGUGGGUUCGAUCGCGAUCCUGACUGACGCCUGUAUAUUUGGAGCUUGCAUGUUCUCCCCGUGGUUGUGUGGAUUUUUCUCCGGGUCCUCUGGUUUUCCUCUCCACAUUUAGAAUCAACAUGUGUUUAGAUUGUGGCUGUUAUAAAUUUCAAUGUGAUAAGCCACUUCGUUGAGCUAUCAUUGGUGGCCAGGUCGCUUCUGAAAAAGAGAGCCCUAGCUCAGUGGGUCUUACCUGGUAUAAUAAAAAAAAGUUUAGUUUGUCACCAUUAAUGUCUCAUCCUUGGAAUUUGGCUACUAAUCAGCUGGCUGAGAGUGGUUAAAGAAAUCGAUUCACAAAUCAGAAGCACGCAAGUUCAAAUCACUGGAAGGGAUUGACUUAACGCAUCGUUCUGAGUUUGUAAAGUGAAUGCCACUUUAAUGGAGGUCAAUGGUAGGCACCCUAUGGACAGUCUGUGCCCUGCCAUGGAAAUAUCGUGACGAGUUCCACCACCACUCAUUUGAGGACAAAUCGCUGAUUAUGCAACGGUAGAAGCAUAGAGAGAUAUGGAAUGGAUGCGUUUUUCCUGGUAUUGAGCAGAAUAUGCAGUUGGGAAGUUGAGAUGUCGCGGUUCAUAACUGGGGGGUCUGCAGUUCGAUUUGCAAUGCAGUCUUGUGGGCAUUACCAACAUGCUGUGGUGUCUGCAUUGGCUUGGCAUUCAUUAAAAAAAUCAAUACAACAGGACUUGAAAUGUUGAGGCUCCCUGUGUUAAAAACAAUCUCGGUUAUAAAUUGUUAAAAAUGGGCCAGUGCUUUAAAAGGGUCCCUUUAAAGCUAUCAUGACUGCAGUUAAGAAUGCACUCUUAUUUGGAAAGUGUUCAACGUUUACAAAUGAGUACCAAAUGCGGUUUAUCGUGAACUGUUGGAAAAUACAACUAACCCACUUCAAGAUUAUCUUGAAAAGUUGUAAAAAUGUGCACCCUUUUUUACUCAUGCAAAUGCCAGAUAUUUGUAUUCUACAUUCAGAAUAGCAAAAAUGUGAGCAGGUUACAUAAAUGGCAGUGUACAUUUUAAAAACUGUCAAAGUGUCUUUGCAUCUAUGAACAUACUUAAAUUUCAACAACAUUGUUACUUUAUUGCUUCUAUUGUUGUUUGAGGAAGACUUAUGCAGUUAUUCAUAUCACAGGUAAAAGUUUAUUUUACAAAGUACUUGAUAUUAAUUCACCAGCCUCGUUGACAUUGAAGUGAGCUGAAUGUUAACAAAAUAGUUCCCUUACAAAGUCGAUGCCAAAGCAAAUUACGCAACAACAAUUAAAUGAUGAAAAUGUGAUUAGGUUUAAUGUGCGGGUCCGUAGCUUGUUGCUUAUUUUCACAAUGAUUGGGUGGUUGCUCCCUGCCUUUAUGGAAUUAGCACAGUUCAGUUAAUAGCAUUGUUCAACUUUAAGCACGGACUCUAUGCAAUGAAUUAACUUGGGAUUGAUGCACUGAAAAAAAACUAUUUGCUAUCUUUGUAAGAGCACUCGUGUCAACCAAAGUACCACAAUCUUGGGCAGUGCCGUUACAAUGUUGCUCACGGAGCCGAUGCCCUCUGAUCAUCCCUGACCCAGUGGACAUUCCCGUUCUGGGGAUCUACCUGUAAUUCCAUUUCACCGAGGAAAGUUUCUUCACUCAAGGUAUUGCUGCGAGUAAGUUGAAUGUUCACACGUGACUGGGCCAACACCGAUAAGACCAUGGGCUUCGAGAUCUCCAAUCCCAUCCACAUUUAUUUGGGAUUCUGUCCAGACGGCAAUGACUAAAUGAAUCCAUUUUUAAAAGUAAUUGCACGGGGUAUAAAAAACAAUGGUGCAAUUUUCUUUAAGUCCCCCCCCCCCCACCCCUGCCCACCAGCAGUGCCCCACAGUUAGUCUAUGGGGGCGGGUCGUGUCUGGUGGACUCGAGGCUGGGUGCUCCCACCACUUCCAAGAUGUGUGUCCAAUAUGGAAGAGUAGGCCAAAAUAUCCUCGAGUGGUAGCCCUUCUGCCAGCAGUCGUGUAAGCAAGUAUUUGUUCGUUACCUUUUGGAGUAAUCGCAGCUUACCCAGAGUCUGAAAUUUCGUUAAAUCAUUGCCAAGUACCAUUAUUUAUGAAUAACUGGUAAGAAAGAGAUAAAUACUGAACAUUAUUUACGAAAAUGUACAAGAAUGCCUCACUGAGGCUCCAGACUGGUGCUCCAUUGGUGUUUGGGACAAUUCAUUUGCAAGGAGUUUGGAGGUGCACGGAUAUUCUUUCCCUCUAAACCUUAAACUCGACCUGGUGCAGUGGGGGGGGGAAGGUGGUUGCUUUUGCCAUUCAACUCAUUCAGUGAACAAGCACAAAACACCAGGGUCUGUCCUGUCACCUGCCAGCGAGCCUUCAAAACGUCAUGUGGCCUCAAAAUGUACCUAACCUGGCACAAGCACCGUGCAGACAUCGGGUGACGAAUGGUGGUUGUUGCUGUGCAUUUGUUUGUAUGCGAUGGAGUUGCAUUUAGCGCAAUGCACUCGUCUCAGUUGCCUGGGUUAGAUUCGCUUUUUAGUACAUGUCCUUGGCAACCCUUAGGUGGACUCCACUUGAACAGGAGUACCUGGUGCAGGGUGCACGACACUCGACAGAUGGAUGGACGUCGUGUUGGUCACACCACGUUACGUGCCAUGUUCGCCUUAAUUUGGUGCUCGUGACCAGCAUUCAUUCUGACAACCGAUGACGUUAAACAGGGGAUCUUUGUUCGUGUGUUCAUUGCGGUUGCGUGCGCGUGUGUGUGGCAGAAUACAUUUAAGUGCAAACAAUCCUGGAUUUACAUGCCAGACUUUGUAAACAAGGGGUUGUUAUACUAAAUGUGUGUUCCCAUUUAGUGCGGGAGAAGACCCUAAGAUGUGAAUACUCUUGCGUGCUUUCGGAGACCACACACGUUGGCGAAUUUUGAUUCAUGUGUGACAUUGUCCGUACAACUGCAAGUGAGUUUCAACAGUGUGUGUGUAUAUCUAGACUCGUAUUUUGUUACUGGCCUUGAAAAAAACACUUAGUCAAUAAAAACAAGGUUUUUGUUUUCAA